AUGCCAUUUGGUGGAAAAGUUGUUGUUCUAGGAGGUGACUUUCGGCAAAUAUUACCUGUCAUUCCUCAUGGCAGCAGACAAGAUAUAGUUCAUGCAACCAUCAAUUCUUCUCAUCUAUGGUCCCAUUGUCAUUUAUUAACUUUGACCAAGAACAUGCGUCUUAAUUCUGGAAGUAGCGCUCACAAUUUAGAGGAAAUAAAAGAAUUUUCUGAGUGGCUACUUAAAGUUGGGGAUGGUAAUCUUGGAGAUGAUGUUAAAGGAGAAUCUAUUAUAACAAUUCCAGAUGAAUUGUUGAUUAGAGAAUCGAAAGAUCCGCUGUCGGAUAUGGUUAAUUUUGUUUAUCCGAAUCUCUUGGAUAAUAUUUUGGAUCAGACCUUCUUUAAAGAACGUGUUAUUCUAACCCCUAAAUUGUCUGAUGUUGCUAUGCUAAACGAGCACCUAAUGUCUAUGAUUCCUGGUAAAGAAAGGACUUUUUUGAGUUCGGAUAAAAUUCUUAAGCAAGGUGGGACUUCCUCUAUUGAGGAUGAUGAAAUCACCCCUGAGAUCUUAAAUACAUUAUCAUGCUCAGGGAUUCCUGAUAAUAAAUUAAUCUUGAAGUUAAAGUUCCAGUAA